AGGAUAUGUCAGUCCGUCUCAUGGCAACCCUGACACAGCGUCAGUACUGGAGAGAGCAGUCAGUGUGAACCAGGGCGUGAACACAUCAGUCAGCUGAUCUUAUAGACCUUUGUACCUGGAAGGAAAGACUCAAACAAGCACCUCCGUCUACAGUGUGCACACGCAGCGAUGGAGCAGAGAAGCCUGCAGCAGGAGUUGGAGGAUCAGUUCAGCCACGUGGUUUCCAGACUGCAGAGCAAACUCUUCCAGUCUGACUGGGACAUCGCCUCUUUUGCAGUCUUCUUCAUCUUCAUUGGUAUGAUUCUGCUGAUGGUCAUUCUGGUGCUCAUCCGCUGCUGCUGCUGCUGCUGCUGUGAUGACGAGAGGCCUCGGAGACGGAAGGUUGGCAUAGAGAACAUGGCUCUGGAGCCCUGACAGCGUGACUGCACUCAUGGAGUGUGAAGGUUGAUGGAGAAGAAGUUUUAGAGUUUGACUUUUGUGGCAAAGCUUGAUUUAACUGUCACCUGUCUGUAAGCAAAUUUAGUCGACUUGCACACAGAAUGAAUGGUUGUUCACGAGUCAUAGCUAUGAAAAUCACACAACACACGUGAUCUUUUUGACUGUCACUGCUAUGUGGGGUUUAUUGAUAGGACACCACUGAGGAGCUGGAAACACUCAGCUGUCUGUAGAUUUAUUUAUGUCACUUCCUCUUUUUUCUAUUUUGUUUAACUUCGUAACA